CCUGGGUGCAAACCUGGGUGCCGCGGGAGCGCCGCGCAGUGCAUUGUGGGCCUCGGGGGAGCGGCCGCGCCGCUACACAUCCCCUGCCCUCUGCUGAAGCAGCUGCAUGGAGUCUGGACUACAGUAGUCACUGUUUUACUUCUGAAGACGGUGGAGCGACGGAGUCCAGCUUUGCUUUGGCAUCAGAGGUCCUUCACCUUCGCGAAGGCAGCUGAGCAGCUUCGCGGGCAGGCAGGCGGGUACAGAUGCAUUUGAUCCUUCGCAGCUAUGAUGCAGACCUUGGCUAAUCUGGCACAAACCCGGCCAGCGCUGCAAUUGGCAGCUACAUCUUUGAGACAAAAACAGAACUUCGUUCUUCCAACCAAGAGCUUCUUGCAUGGCGCGCCAACAUUCCCCUCUGUCCGCUUCUUCGAUAGCCUUGAUAGUCUAAUAGCUGGCCGCCACAAUGGACACCAGAAUCAGGCAACGAGGUGUAUGCACCAAUCUGCACCCCAAUAUGCAGACUCCUUCCCCGCGCAAUCCAACUCGCAAUCCCCCUCCCAAAAGCGGGUGUUUCUCAGCCACACAAUCUACAAAGGAAAAGCGGCCAUGGGAGUGGUCCCAAUGAAACCCACCUUCGUCAACAAGAACGGGAAUCUGUCAGUGGAUCGGGAUGGAGCCAUCCUGCUGGAGUUUGCGCCCAUCGUCAGUGCCCGCAGUUACGACUGGAGCAAGAAACAGACGUUCGCUUUGUCUGUCCUGGAGUGUGGUGCGCUGCUCGACCUUCACCCGGGCAUGAAGCCUCUCGACUUCUUCCACGACCCCUUUAAAGGACAGCAGGGCCAGGAGGGCAAGGUCCGGAAAAAGCUGGUGGUCCAGACGUCUCAGAACAACGACUCCUACUUCGUCGCUCUCAAUGUGACGGGUGCCAGCCAACCCGUCAACCUCACCCUCCCCGUGUCGUUCGCUGAGAUGGCCGUGCUUAAGACGCUCAUUCAGUACUCGCUGCCCACGCUGAUGGGGUGGGACGUGUGGGCUAACCCGGAGCUGGCCGCGCAAGCCAACGUGGUGGACGAGGGCACGCAGCUGGGCGGGGCGCAAGAGUGGAAUCAAUAGGGGGGAUCGGGCCAUACCUACCAGGACCUUGGAGGACUGAGACCAAUGAGCUGUGUUCGUAUCUAUGUACAGAAGGGAAUUCAUCAGAAGAGUACGUCUCGAGUCUCGGCUUCUUAGCGCUGUGUAAGUGGAUACUUCGUCAUACUGUUGAACUUAGGAGACGUCGUGCUGCCAGGCGGUCUUCGGUUGAAGAGCAGACAGCGGAUGGCCUAGGGCGGAAAGUAUCCUAAGGGACCUUUACGCCUAGGCUCUGAGGACAUCUGCAAUUCGUGAUUCCUGGACGGACGUGAAGAUCCGUGCGCGCUUGAAAAUCCGCACAACGACCUGCUCAUAUGUACUUAAAGAAGCUGAGCUGAGCAUGAUAGUGGACGUUGAAGUACCG